GUUACUAACGGCGACGGUGGAAGGCAAUUCUGAAGACGGCUGUUUGACGGCCAAGCUCGCCUGCCGUCUGGGCCGUCUCCUUCUUCUUCGCGUUUUCUUGCUUCUCGUUCUAUCCCCCGAUUCGAGCGAACGUUAUGAGGAAAGUUCGCGGCUCUGAUUACGGCGGCGGAGCAUUUCUUCUCUCCGGCAUGCAUACUAUUGCUACGGCCUCCGUCCUCGCCGAGACGGAUAGGCAUCAGAGGAGGAGUAGGAGCGUCUUGGGAAUAAAUCAAAUGGACUAUUGCAGAGUUCACAAGGAGUGAAAACCUUAUGGGCGAAUCCCUGCUCGCUUCUCUCUCCAUGGAGAACCACGACCCCUCCACCCUUCUCUCCAUGGAUCCCACUGGAGGUUGCCCUUUUCUGACCGCACCACCUUCUUCGUCCCAUGAAGAUUUUGACCGUGAGAUUAUCCAACGUCAAAUUGUACUUUAUGGCCCACCGGACAUUAACCUCCCAGUUUCAUCAGAUCAAUCUUCUUCCCAGUUCGACCACUGCGAAUUGCUUGACGUUGGCCUCGGAACCCAGUUCUACGAGGCUGAUUCCACUGUCAUAAUCCCUAAGCCUGGUUCUCGAAAAUGUGGAAAGCGAGGAGAUGCCAUAUGGGGUGCCUGGUUUUUCUUCAAUUUCUAUUUCAAGCCUAUCCUCGCUGAGAAAUCCAAAGGAAAGAUUUUAAGGGAUGGAUCUAGUUUCUCUGGAUUCGAGAAAUCAGACAUUCGGCUCGAUGUAUUCUUGGUCCAGCAUGACAUGGAAAACAUGUACAUGUGGGUAUUCAAGGAAAGAGCAGAAAUGGCUCUCGGGAAGAUGCAGCUGAGGAGCUUCAUGAAUGGCCACUCUCGUCAUGGUGAGCCUGAAUUUCCUUUCAAUGUUGAAAAAGGUUUUGUACGAUCCCACCGGAUGCAACGCAAGCAGUACAGGGGCCUUUCUAACCCGCAAUGUGUUCAUGGGAUUGAGGUUGUGACUCAACCCAAUCUUUCAGUUCUUCCUGAACCUGAUUGUAAGAAAUGGGCAGAGCUCACUGGAAGAGAGCUUAAUUUCUCAAUUCCACCAGACGCCAGUGAUUAUUCAUCAUGGAGGAAUCUUCCCAGCACUGAGUUCGAGCUCGAGAGGCCACCACCUCUGUUAAAACCCAUGACUCUCAAUCCACAUCAGAAGAAACUCCUUAAUAGCUCGGGAUUGAACUUGUCCGCCCAGCCAUCAAAUCAUUCAACUCCUGUAGGAAUAGACCUUUCAUCUUCUGGCAGCAAGCGCAAGAAGGAUUAUUUUUCUCAUGGAAUGGAAGAAGACUACUGCUCUCCUAGCAAUUCUAACUCAGAUAGAGCUAUAGAUAUUGAGAUGAAUGUAGUUGAUCCUCCAUGGCUGAAUGAGUUCACUGGCGUCAUGAGACAAGCUUAUGGACCUGUUACUGCUGGAAAGACAAUAUAUGAAGACCAUGAAGGGUAUCUUAUAAUGGUUAGUUUACCUUUUUCUGACCAACAAAGGGUGAAGGUAUCUUGGCGGAACACCCUUACACAUGGAAUAGUUAAGAUACUGUGUUUCAGUACUGCUAGAAUGCCUUAUAUAAAGAGACAUGAGAGGACUUUUAAGUUGACAGAUCCUUGUCCCGAACAUUGCCCUUCUGGAGAAUUUAUAAGGGAGAUACCUUUAGCUACCCGUAUACCUGAAGAUGCUCAAUUGGAAGCUUAUUAUGAUGAAACUGGAGCUGUUCUUGAGAUUAUGGUGCCGAAGCAUCGUGCCGGGUCCGAAGAACAUGAAGUUAGAGUGUCCAUGCGCCCGCCACAUCUUGUUGAUCCGUUAAACUUCUGUUGAGGUUAGAAAGUUGGGUAAAGCAUGUGUGUGGGUGGCUGAUAGGUUUAACUACUGUUAUUUACCAUAUGCCGUUAACAAAAUAAAAAUUGCUUUAUUUGUGAGCUUGAUUUAUCGUACACAAGCUUGAUAAAUACUAUUUUAUUAUUUUGGUGCAUUGUGUGGGGAAAUUUUUUAAUUUG